AUGGCCACACCCAGAAUCUCGACAUUCGCUUUGUCGCGGAGGACAAUCGUCGCCGCUCGGCCGCAACCCCCUCUGCAAUUGCGACAAGUCAAUCCUCGGUCCUUUCUAGGUAGUAAUAAGAAUCGGGCUUCUGCUCGCUUUUCGACAGCCAGGGAUGAGACCUACUCACAGGCUCCAAGGAUCGAUUGUGGGGCCUCAAAACUGUUCGGAAGUGCAGAUGAGGCAGUGGCCGACUUGAAGAGCGGGUCAACCAUUCUCAGCUCGGGGUUCGGCCUCUGUGGUGUUGCAGAAACUCUGAUAGCGGCGAUUCACCGCCGAGGUGCAGACAAUUUACAUUCACUAACUGCAGUCUCCAACAACGCAGGUGCUGCUGGAAAAGGCGGGCUUUCAACGCUAACACAGGCUGGACAAGUGAAUCGGCUUGUCCUCUCCUAUCUUGGCAACAACAAGGCAUUGGAAAAGAAGUAUCUUUCGGGUGAAAUCUCGAUUGAGCUCACACCGCAAGGAACACUGGCUGAGCGGCUACGCGCUGGUGGCGCUGGUAUUCCAGCCUUCUUCACCCCCACAGGUGCACAUACCCUGCUACAAGAUGGAGCAAUACCCGUUCGGCUGGAUGCGCACGGAAAAGUGCUCGAGCAUGGCAGACCACGUGAGACCAGGGCAUUUAAUGGCAAGACCUAUCUAAUGGAGACUGCAUUGACCGGAGACGUGGCAAUUCUCAGAGCAUGGAAGGCCGAUGAGGCAGGAAAUUGUGUGUUCCGGUAUACUACUAAGGCAUUUGGUCCGAUCAUGGCCAAAGCAGCUACUCUGACAAUUGUCGAAGCAGAGAAUAUCGUCACCGUGGGCUCGAUUGACCCCAAUGACGUCGAUCUUCCGGGGAUUUUCGUCGAUCGGAUUGUUCCCGCUACUCAAAAAAAGCACAUCGAAAUUAAGAAGCUGAGAUCAAGCAAUGAUGAAGGCGCCGGUGCAGCUGUCAAGGAUGCAGCAGCGUCCCAAAGAAAUCGCAUCGCCAGGAGAGCUGCCAAGGAGCUUAGGCAGGGUUACUACGUGAAUCUGGGAGUUGGAAUCCCGACCCUUGCUCCCUCAUUUCUGCCGCGUGAUGUGAAUGUCUGGGUACAGUCCGAAAACGGUAUUCUCGGCAUGGGCCCCUAUCCCACAGAGGAAGAAGUGGAUCCGGACAUUAUCAACGCAGGAAAAGAGACAGUUACCCUAGUUCCGGGAGCUGCCACCUUUGAUAGCACCGAGUCGUUCGGCAUGAUCCGUGGGGGCCAUGUGGAUGUCUCCAUUCUAGGAGCUCUACAAGUCAGCGCCAACGGCGACCUGGCAAACUACAUGAUCCCCGGUAAAGUCUUCAAGGGAAUGGGCGGGGCCAUGGAUUUGAUUUCCAGCCCAGAUCAGACCAAAAUUGUAGUAGCUACCAGUCAUACAGCAAAGGACGGAUCGCCCAAGAUCGUAUCUCAAUGCAGUCUCCCUCUGACGGGAGCAAACUGCGUUAGUACGAUUAUCACAGACCUGUGUGUGUUUCAAGUGGACCGGAAGAAAGGGGAGCUCCUGCUGACAGAACUUGCUCCGGGAGUGGAAGUUAAGGAAGUGAAAAGUAAGACCGGAGCAAGCUUUGCGGUCGCAGACCACCUGGAACUCAUGGAGUAA